AAAAGAAAAGAUGAGGGUUCGCACCCGUCCCGACGUCAUCAAGACCAAACAAAUGCCUCGAGUUUCAAGGCAAAAGAAAUGUCUCUUCCUCAUUCAUCUUGUUCCCUUUGUAUAUGCACAACUCCCGAUUCCUUCUCAACCGUUCCAACCUCCACCGGCUUCUUCAGGGGCUAUACGCUCCAACUCAUCUACUAUACCUAAUCCCCAAUGGUCAAACCUUCUUGGGGACCUCCUAUGGUUCUACGAUGCUCAACGCAGCGGAAACUUGUCCACCUACAAUCGCGUGAGCUGGAGGAACAAUUCCGCUCUCAGUGAUAAUCCCUCGGGAGGAUUCUAUGAUGCAGGAGGCAUGUAUGGCUCGAUGACUUGGACUUUGACGUCUAUAUGCUGGGGAGCCACAAGCUUUGGCUCUGGCUAUGACUUGGCUCAACAAACACCUUACCUCGACAGUAUCCUUCGUUGGGCAUUUCAAUACUUGAUAAAUGCUCAGCCAAACAUAACGAGUCUGGUGGUACAAGUUGGCGAUGCGUCGAUAGACAACAAUUAUUGGGGAGGAGACCAAAACAUUCCUACUCCGCGACCAACAUGGUUGAUCAGUACCAAAUAUCCCGGGACGGACGUAGCAGCAUCCGCCGCCGCCGCCUACGCAGCAUGCUCGAUCUUGUACAACGGGACCUCACUCUAUCCUAGUGGUACAAAAAGCAAUCAUUCUUCCAUUGGCACCCCAGCGAACCUAACAGACCUCACGUUCUCCAAGACCCUUUUACGUUACGCUCAAAACCUCUUUGCGUUUGCACGCGAUACUCAGCCCCAACAGGUAUACUCUCAGUCACUUCCUUCUUCGGUCGGAUCGUCAUACCCUUCGUCCGGGUACCUGGAUGACCAAGCUCUCGCUGCUCUUUUCUUGGCCGCGGCUUCGCUCGAGUCGCCAUACUCAUAUCAGUAUCAAAACUCGUCAAAUCCGGAUGGGGAUGCCAAGUACUAUUACGAAGGCGCCUUGAAUUUGUUCAAAAACUCGUCUUUAGGAGGUGGAAACGGUGCUCUCAACUGGGAUAACAAAGUUCCAGCGCUUGGUGUCCUUGGGGUUCAAGUGUCUAGCAUGUACGAGCCAUGGAGCAACACGACGGAUUUUUGGACACAAGAAGCAGAGAGGUAUUUAGAUAAUGUUGUAAAUGGGCAGGGGUAUGGCCACCUGACGCAGGGAGGACUUUUGUACUAUCAAGGAGACUCGAAUGAGGCCAGUUUGAACCCAGCGCUGAAUGCCGCAAUGCUGCUCUCCCUUUAUGCACCGCUAGCAACCAAUGACACCAGAAGGAACUCGUACGAGGCGUUUGCUGCAUCACAGCGUGAUUACGUCCUGGGAAACAACCCGAUGGAAAUGCCUUAUGUUGUCGGUGUGAAUCCUAAUUCUCCAAGAAAUCCACAUAGUGCGUUGGCCAGUGGUGGGAACGAUACGGGCACGAUAAAUACGUACCCAACUGAGGAAGCCCACGUUCUAUAUGGUGCAGUUGUGGGGGGACCAGAUAAAAAUGACCAAUUCUGGGACAUACGAUCUGACUGGCCCGAAACAGAAGUAGCGCUGGACUACAACGCACCACUACUUACUAUUGCCGCUGCGAACGUCAUCUCGAACACUCAGGACCCUUUCUACACCGUGCUGCAGGCAGGCGCGUAUGAAUCGAAACGACCCAAGCAGGGGACACAUCCUUGCGACGCUGUAUUCUCAUGCGGAAAGGGUACUGCGUCGAGAACGAAGAAGAUCGUCAUUGCUGUAGUCGUGACAGUUGUGGGUCUUGGUGUCAUCGCCGCACUCGUUUACACGUUCUGGUUCAGGAAAAAGUACAAGGGGAAAAGUUGGUAGCCCAAGUUUCACAGAUAAUGGACUUUUACGAUUUUGUUCAUGUCAGCCAAGUGAAUAUACAAUUAAAGCACUUGUCAAUGUCACUGAAGCAUGUCCAAGGGAUGACAUGCUAACGAUAGUCAGCAAACUCGCUCCUAUAACAUGCAGAGAACACAAUAUACAUCUACAUCUAAUACACCUCUAGAACAUAUCGUUCCUGCUCCUUCAGACUUUCUAGAUAGGCGCCAGCUUCUGAUUUGUCUCGACCUGAAUACUUGACUAAGGCGUUCACAAGUGCCUCGAACACGUCAGGGACAGGCCAGGUAGGGCCGCACAAAUAAAAUACACCCUUUUCAGAGUCUUUUGUAUCAGGACCAU